AUGAACAUUUGGCUGGCUCAUGGAUUGCUGGGCUGCGCAGCACUACUACUCGUUUUCCCUUUGGGAAUUGCAUCGCUAUGGUUCAAGAAAAGUCGCUGGUCGAUUCCACACUGGAAGAUACAAGCAUGUGGUACGAUGCUUCUGGCACUCACCACGGGCGUGGGUCUGCUCAAUAGCAGUCGGUUGCACCACAAGCAUCAGUCGCUAGGACUGGUCGUGUUCGGCAUGGUCCUAAUUCAGAUGCCACUUGGAUUCGUCGAUGCGUUGGACAACACCCGCGGCUACAGGGCAAGCGCCUCAUUCACCCACUCCAUCCUCGGAUUCUCGACUCUAGUGCUGGGCUGGCUGGUGAUUCUGAGCGGCUUUCGUCUGGCAUCGCUUGCGUCGGGCCCAUUCGUCUUUGUCGGUUUGUUGUCGGCAACGGAAAUCUCAGCUCUCAUCACUGGCUCUUUCCUGGUACGAUGGCGUAGACGAAUCGUAGCAAAAUCGGCACCUAAGGCGAGCGAAGUCGAAGAACUCGCUACGGACGUUUACACGCUUGCCGAGCAUGACCUCCAAGACGAGUAUGACCACGAGGACAACCAAGCCGCUGGGCCGUAA